AUGAAGAGUAAACAUUAUGAGAAGGUCGACAACUUUGUUGAAAGGUUUUCUCCUUUUGUUUUGAAGUACGAAUUCACUCAAGGUCAAAGUGGCUUAGUAACCACAUUAAAACCUAUUGUCGAACAUUGGUCUUACCCUCAGUUCGCAAAAGCAGUUCUUGACAACUACAACAAAUUCUUCUCCGAAGUCAAAUCGAAAGUUGUGGUUUACUAUGAGAACAUUGACGCACUCAUGACGAACGAAGAAGGCUAUAACAAACUCAUUGAAAUGGGUCUAGUCGGUGAAAAGAUGGGCUGUUUUAAGCUAGAUAAGGUAUUUUCCGAAGUUCAUGUCCUCUCCAAGCGUAAGUAUUGGGGUAUACUUGAAGACGGCACAGAAAUAAAACAUUGCAUGAAAUAA